AUGGAAAACACUGGUCAAAAACGGAAAAAGGGUCCAGAACUCGAAGAGCCACUCGCGAAGAAAGCAAAGAAAAGCAAACACAGAACAAAAGACGGGAAUGUCGAAGUAUACGGGUCAAAUCACGAUAGAAAAGCAGAAUUCAGGACUGUGAAUGCACGCAUGACUGUCAAUAUUCCUCCAGUUUACAGUGGCCCUGGUCGACCGCGGCAGGCUGUUCUCGAGAUGUUGGAUAGCAUGAUUAUGCGAUACAUACCGGCUUUGCGUGGCGUAGUACUCGCACACUCCAACCUUUGCUUUUUAUCCGAUACAGCACCCUUUUUAGUCGAUUCACCAUUCGCAAGGGUGGACAUAAGCUUUACUGCAUUGACAUGGAGCCCAGAAAUUGGGUCCCGAAUACGUGGUACAAUCAGUAUAUGCUCGCCAGAUCAUAUCGGACUGUUAAUACACAAGACGUUUAAUGCGUCAAUUCCCCGCCAUCAUAUCCCAACGGGGGAUUGGCAAUUCGAGUAUGGAGCGCUAGAAAAUGAUCCAACCUUUGGCGCUGCUGCGCUUGGCUUGGAUCAAGAUGAUGCAGAGGACACCGGCCGGUGGUUUCACAAGGAUACUGGCGAGUCGAUUGGAGGACCAAGCGGCGAGGUCGAGUUUACAAUCGUGAGCCUCAAUGUCUCUCAAUCUAUGCUCUCAAUCUUGGGUUCUUUGCAACCGGAUCCAUUCUCCCCUGAACACAAGCCUCAACCAGCAACCUCCCAUCCAACGAUACGCAAGCUGCGAACAAAGACUAAUUCGGAGGAAGAGUUCUCUGUUGCGAAUGCACUUGCAGAUGAUAAUUCAGAUGGAGAGGACAUUUUCGACUCACUCAAAUUCGAGAUGCGCGACUUUGACGAUGAAGAAGGCGCCGAAGAUUUGGAAGAGACAGUCGACGUGGGUACGCAGCCCAUCCACGAUGCGUUCGCAGAGCUAGGAAGGGGCACGGACAAACUUUCGAGGGAGGUGGCGCAAGAGGCAAAGAUGGAGAAGAAGCGACGAAAGGAGGAAAAGAAGCUACGCAAAGCGCAAGAACGUGAGGGAGCGCAGCUCAGCCCAAUGAAAGAGGCAAAAAAGAAGAAAAAGGAUCGCGCAUAG